AUGAUAAUCAUUUUAAUAUUAAUUAUCUUAUUUAGUCCGUCUUGUAGUCCAGUUUAUAAAUCCUUUUGGUGGAACAAUGCUAUUAUUUAUCAGGUUUGGACUCCGUCGUUUCAAGAUUCAAAUGGCGAUGGAUUAGGUGACUUAGUUGGUUUAAGGAAUCGUUUAGGAAAACUAAAAAAAAUUGGUAUUACCGCUAUAUGGAUAUAUCCGUUCCUGGAAACGGAUCAUUUCUCUGAAGCUGUCCGUGAUCAUCGUACAGUAGAUCCACGACUUGGAUCUAUGGACGAUGCUGAAUUGUUAAUUAAGCAGGCUCACGAAAAAGAACUUGGUGUUCUAAUAACAAUACCAUUAUCAGUAACAUCUCGACAACAUAACUGGUUUUUGCGUAGUUCCAAAGCAUCAAAGCCACAGAAUGCAAACUUUUCUGGCUUCUAUCAUUGGCGACGUAGUAAUAGUAGUGCAUUGGAUGUUGAUACUUAUUCGGAAUAUAAUCGGACAAACAUAUCCUAUAUGCAUUAUGCGAAACAGCCAGAAUGGCCAAUUUUGAAUUGGCAAAAUGACUCUGUUCGAGAACAGAUGUUUGGAAUUUUAUCAUUUUGGAUUGAUAAAGGGAUUGACGGUUUUCAUUUGUCCAGUAUCGAAUAUCUGGCUCGAACACCCGGUGGAAAAGAGCCUAACUGGAACAGUAUUCAAGAUAUUAUUCGUGAUAUACGAAAUCAUGUCGAUACGUAUUCCAGGGAAAGUAGUGUUGUCCAAAAUAAGAAAAUAAUAUUAUUCGCAGAUCGUUACGAUGCUGAUGAAAAUGAAAAAGAUAGCCUGGUUAGAGCUGGUCUAGAUUCAGUGGUCAACUAUGAACUUGGCUCUAUAUCUGCGUCUAGUCAGAUCUGCGGCGGUACGAAUCACAUUGGUGGAUGCACUCACGAAAUUCUUUCCGACAUGCUUGUUUUCUACAACGAAAAUCCAGAUAAAAUACCGUUAUGGCAGUUUGGAAAUCCAAGUUUACAACGAUUAGCCAGUCGAAUUCGUUCUAGAAGUCAAGGUGAAUUGUUGACAAUGGUACAAUUUAUGCUACCUGGAACAAACAGUUUUUACUAUGGUGAAGAUAUUGGCAUGCGAGGUUUGAUCAACGAUACGAAGACACCGCCGCAACAGGGAGCUAUGCAGUGGGAUGAUUCGAAAAAUGCUGGGUUUAGUGAUUCUGACGAACCAAGUGUCGGGAUCCAUGCUGAUUACAAGAACAUUAACUUCGAGAGACAAAUGCACGACAAAUAUUCUCAGUUGAAAACUUUUCGAGCUUUAGCUGAAUUACGGUCUACAGACGAAACGCUGAUGCGUGGAGCAACAUUUGUUGGAAGGUUAACAGAUAAUGGCUUCACAAUUUCCAGAUUCUGCUAUAACACUACUGGGGCCUAUGGAAAUCUUUACAUAGCUGCUUUCAAUUUUGGGACCUCAUCAGUACAAUUGCACCUUGCCGAUAUACCGACACUAAGUGCUAGGAAUCGAGCUUAUGGUUAUGUCGUCGUUCGUAGUAGCAAUCUUGGCGAUAACACCGGACCAUCAACACCAGUAGAUGUCAGCUCAGAAAUCCUGCCUAUGCCACCUGAAAGUGGGGUGGUAUUAAAGUUUAAAGAAUAA